AUGCAUCGGUUGGGGUCGAGGGGAGUGUUGCUGCUGCUGUGUUGUACGGCAGUAUGUGUGUCUGGGAUGAGGAGAGAGUACUUCCUCAGGAUAGAGGAGGUGUCUUGGAACUACGCCCCAAGUGGGAUGAACAUCAUUCAAAACCGCACACUUCAGGAGGAUGAAGAAGCCUCAGUGUUUUUAAAGAGAGGCCCCCAGCGUAUCGGCUCCAUCUACAAGAAGGCUGUGUACAAGCAGUACACCGACUCCUCCUACAGGACAGAGGUGCUGAAGGCGGACUGGUUGGGCUACCUGGGACCCCUGCUGAUGGCCGAGGAGGGAGACACAGUGAUCGUCCACCUGAAGAACACGGCAAACAGACCUUACAGCAUCCACCCACAUGGACUGAACUACACCAAGGGAAAUGAGGGAGCCCUAUACCCAGACGGUACUGGUCCAGAGCUGAAGCGUGACGACUCGGUGGCUACUGGUACAAUAGUGACAUAUGAGUGGACCCUCCCAGAGAGCCACAGCCCAACAGCACAGGAUGGCAACUGCAUGACCAGAUUCUACCACUCCCACGUCAGCCCACCAAAAGACAUCAACUCAGGACUGAUAGGACCCCUCAUCGUCUGUAAGACAGGAACUCUGGACUUACAUGGAGACAGGUCAGGAGACUAUCUGUACGCUCUGCUGUUCAUGGUGUCAGACGAGAACUUCAGCUGGUAUCUGGACGACAACAUCAGGACGUACAUUACGAAUCCUGCCAGUGGCCUGAAGGAGGACGAAGAUUUCAUUGAGAGCAACAAAAUGCACGGUAUAAACGGUUUUCUGUACGGUAACCUGCCUGGACUAAGCAUGUGCCAAGGCAACAAGAUCCACUGGCAUAUGAUUGGAUUAGGCAAUGAGGUGGACAUCCAUUCAGUUCAUUUCCAUGGCCAGAUCCUGACCACUCAGAACCACCACACAGACACAGUCAGCCUUUUCCCCGCCUCCAGCACUACAGUUGAAAUGGUGGCUGACAACCCCGGACACUGGCUGCUGACGUGCACCGUUAAUGACCAUUUGAUGGCUGGAAUGCAGGCUAUAUUUGAGAUCAAGAAGUGUUUCCCCAACGUCCAUAAGCCCCGGCCACACGGUGAGCUCAGACCGUUCUUCAUCGCUGCUGAAGAAGAAGUCUGGGACUACGCUCCUACGCCGCCUACUGAAGGUGAAGCAGAAAUGUUUGUAACCAGAAGUCGAAACCGUAUUGGAAGCCGCUAUAAGAAGGUUCGCUAUGUGGAAUACACUGACAACACCUUCAUGACAAAGAUGCUACGCAACCCUGAGGAGCAACACCUUGGAAUUCUGGGUCCUGUGCUGCGAGCUGAGGAGAAGGACACUAUCAGGGUGGUGUUUAAGAACAAAGCCAGCCGGCCUUACAGUAUACAACCACAUGGUGUUCAGUACAGUGUAGAACAGGAUGGGACGCUCUACCACAAUGAACUGGAAGAGUCCCAUACAGCAAAGAAACUGCGGGAGCUAAGGAGGCAACCAAGAGUGGUGACCCCUCCCCCAGCUGCUCUGGUCAGACCUGGAACGGUGCACACCUACGAGUGGACGGUGCCAUUGGGUGCCGGUCCGGUAGAAGGGGAGGCUGACUGUCUGUCCUAUCUGUACUACUCUGGAGUGGACCCUGUUAAAGACACCAACUCUGGACUGGUUGGACCGCUCCUCGUCUGUCGACCUGGAUCACUGAAAAAAGGAGUACAGAAAAACUAUAACAAAGAGUUCCACCUCAUGGCCACAAUAUUUGACGAGAACCUGAGCUGGUAUCUGGACGACAACAUUAGGCAGCUAACCAUUGCUCCCACUACUGCCAACAAGGAGGAUGAGGGCUUUAUAGAAAGCAACAAGAUGCAUGCCAUCAAUGGCUUUGUGUAUAGGAACCUCCCAGGCCUGACCAUGUGUAAGGGGGAUAAAGUGACGUGGCACGUGUCAGGAUUGGGUUCAGAGACGGACAUCAUCAGUCUUUACUUCCAGGGAAACCGCUUCAUCUACCGCCAGAACAGACGAGACACCAUCAGCGUCUUCCCUCAUAUAUCACACACCGUCACCAUGGAGCCAGACAGCAUGGGUCAGUUUGAAGUGGCGUCCGCCACAGUGAAUCAUUACCGUGGUGGGAUGAGAGCCAACUACACGGUAAAUAAGUGCAGCGUGUUUCAACGUCAGGGUGAGAUUAUGCUCCACUCAAAAACCUACUACAUCGCCGCCAUGGAAAUGGACUGGGACUACUCUCCAAACCGCACCUGGGAGGCUGAGAUGUUCCGCGGUCUGGAAAACCCUGCUCCAGUCUUCCUGGACCAGCAGGGUGGGUUUAUAGGCUCCCGUUACAAGAAGGUGGUCUACCGCCAGUUCACCAAUAACAAGUUUGUCAAGCAGGUGGAAAGAACAGCCGAUAUGGAACACCUCGGCAUUAUGGGUCCAAUGAUUCACGCUGAUGUGGGAGACAAAGUGACGGUGGUUUUUAAAAACAUGGCGACCAGGCCUUAUUCUAUCCACGCCCAUGGAGUCAAGACAGACACCCCGGAUGUUCAUAUCACCCCUGCAGGUGAGACUCACUCCUACCACUGGUAUGUUACAAAGAAUACAGGACCAACCCCAGAGCAGGAGGAUUGCUCUGUGUCAGCAUACUACUCCACUGCUGAUGUUUCCAAGGACCUGUACAGCGGUCUGAUAGGUCCUUUGGUGAUCUGUCGCCGUAGCUGGGGCAGGAGUCUUGGUUUGAAGAAGGAAGUAGAAGAGUUUGCGCUGCUUUUCCUGGUUUUUGAUGAGAAUGAAAGCUGGUAUCUGGAUGAAAAUAUCAGGACCCACAUCAGGAACCCUCGCACAAACUUGAAGGAUGAUGAAACCUUUAUAGAGAGCAACAAGAUGCACUCCAUUAAUGGUUUUAUGUAUGGAAAUCUGAAUGGUUUGACCAUGGAGGUGGGUGAUAAGGUGUACUGGUACCUGAUGGGAAUGGGCAACGAAGUGGACAUACACACCGCUCACUGGCAUGGACACAGUGUGGAAUAUAAGCUGGGUGGAGGUCCUCAUCGUACUGACGUGUAUGAGCUGUUUCCAGCCACCUUCCAGACAGUAAAGAUGCGUCCUCAGUAUCCUGGUACCUGGCUGCUCCACUGUCAUGUCAUCGACCACAUUAAAGCUGGCAUGGAGGCCAUGUAUACUGUUACUGAGAAAGCAAAGAAGACGGGAAUCUUUGGCUGAACAGUUGAGGAAAAAGGGAUCCACAAAGAAGACCGCAGAGACAAGCUAGAAUUAGAUUUCAGGACCCAAUUCACUAAACGCUCUUUGUGAAUUAAUAUGAACAGUUACUUGUGCAAAGCCGAGAUAAUUACAGCUCAGAAUAAAACAUCACAUCUCAGGUCAUUUUAUAUAAAAAUGUGCAUUUUUUCAAAUUCUCUAACUGCUUUGAUGUUUACCAAAUGACACUGAAUACUGUAAGAAUACCGACAAAUAAAUAAAGAUUAGUGAAACAGUUAAA